AUGUACGCCAAACCCAAGCUCUCUCUGGUCAUCUCGACCGCCCAAACCCUCACCCGGCCCUCCCUCUCCCUCAAAUCCCCCGCCGCUCUCCCCCGCACCCCAAUCUCGCCGGUGCCCUCCAGCCCCGCAGGGAAGCGCUUUUCGUCCAUGCAAAUGCAGCCCCCACAAGCCUACAGCUACACCAAUUCGUGCGCGUCCAAGAGCAUCCUCAAGAAACAACAACACAAGCAGUCGCAGUCGCAGUCGCAGACACUCGCAGGCGCCGCCAGCAGCCGCGAGAAACGCAUCCAGUUCCAGGGCUCCCCGACCGUGCACUGUGUCACGCCCAUCGAGAACCCAGAGGAAUACUACGGCACGUACACGAAGCUGACGCGCGAAGAGCGCCGGUGGAUGGUGCGCGAGUGA